AUGUCCGACGAGCAGCUGAAGCGCCGCCUCGAGAACCGCCUGCGGGAGCUUGAGGGCCAUGGGAGAGCGCAGCCGCAGCACGUGCAGCAGAAGCAGCAGCAGCAGCAGCAGCAGAACUCCGAGGCGAGGGCUGCACUAAGGGUUCGCAAGAUCAAGGAAAUCGUUAAAAAGGAAGGAAAUUUCUACGAAAUCGUCAAACUGAAGCCUCUAGGAAGAAAUUUAAAUGCAAAUGAUGAGCCCUAUACCCACGUGUUGGAGCGUCAGUAUUCUUCUCUCUUUCAUUCCUCUUCAGCGCCAAUAAACCCCCUGAACUCCACCGCAAGUAGCAGUGAGGGGGCCAGGCCCUUAGAUGCAUUUAUUAGAGAAGACCAGCAUAUACCAAGACGAAAAUAUGCAAAUAUCAGCGAAUUUGAUGCUGCUGGAGUUGCUGCAGGGUUCGUUCCUGCAGUGUACAGAGGGCGAGGCAGACAAGAACUACGCGGAGUCAUGUUUUCUUGGUAA